GAGGAGGAGGAGGAGGAGGAGACAUGAAAACCUCACACGUCGUCACCGGUUGUGUUUCUAUAAAUGCAGCCAGAGUGACCUGAGAAACCAGAUCAACUGCUCUGAGAAUAAAAUCUGCGCCGUGAAAUGCAAAGCACUCCCAAGCCUCAGUUUGCCAGCUGGCUCAUAGAGCAGGUGGAAACAGGCCAGUACGCGGGCCUGCGCUACGUGGGCCAAAACAAGUUCAGAGUCCCGUGGAAGCACAACUCCAGAAAGGACUGCAAUGAUGAGGACAGUAAAAUCUUCCGGGCCUGGGCAGUUGCGAGUGGAAAAAUCAACGAGUUCCCAAAUGACAAGGCCAGAUGGAAAACCAAUUUCCGCUGCGCUCUCAACAACCUCUCUGAGCGCUUUAAGAUGAUCAAAGAUAAUUCCAAAAAUUCUGACGACCCUCAUAAAAUCUACGAGAUUGUCAACACUGGCUACAAUUAUGAAGGUCAGCGAACACCGGAGGACUCCAACAUGACACCAGACAUCUUCAAUUCUCCCACAGAGUACGUCCCCCCAGGAAAUGAGUACAAUCUACUAAACAACUUCAUGGCCUUGGGGCUUAACAACCAAUCAACAGCUGACCAACCAUGGGUAGACAGCUAUACCCAGCACCCUCCAGCUGUCCCUGCAAACUACCCGGCUGCUGCUGCUGGCAACCACCCACAGCUUUUACCAGAACAGCCCAACUACUAUGGAGCUCCCGUCCCGGUCCUCGAGCCACCUCAACAGCCAACCAUGUACGACCUGGAGGUUUCCAUCCACUACAGGAAAACAGAAAUGCUAAAGACUACGUUGACUGCGCAACGUCUUCAGCUCCACUACCACGAAGAGGCCCCCGAGUUCGGCGCCUACCAUCUCUGCUUCCCCCCCACCGACGGUCUGCUGGAUCACAAACAGAUUGAUUACACCAACCGCAUACUUAACAGCAUCCAGAGAGGUUUACUGCUGGAGGUACGGGACACUGGCAUCUACGCCUGGAGGCAUGACAGAUGCCAUGUGUUUGUCAGCACCAGCGACCCCAGCGUGGCUCACCCAAACCCCACAAAGCUGCCCCAAAACACCAUGGUGGAGAUCCUGAGUUUUGAGAAAUACGUACACGAGCUCAAACAGUUCAGGGAGAACAACGGCAGCUCUCCCGAGUACACCAUAAACAUGUGCUUCGGAGAAAAGUUUCCUGAUGGAAAGCCUUUGGAAAAGAAGUUAAUUGUAGUGAAGAUCGUACCUCUAAUCUGUCGCCAUUUUCACGAGAUGGCCCACAUGGAUGGGGCGUCAUCUCUCCACAGCACCAACGUCAGCCUGCAAAUCUCCCACAACAGCCUCUAUGAUCUCAUCAAUUCUGUAUUCGCUCUGCCGAUGGAAGAAGGGCCUCUGCAGGCAGCCGAACCUUUCAUCCAUCAGAUGUGAAAUCUGAUCUCUCGCUAGCCUAAACAGCAAAUUAUUUCAACUACCUAUCGAGUUUAAACACCACGCCCUGAUCUAAUCCAAAGUUUUGCUUAACAAAAAAAGAGAAGCAAACCCGGUGACCUCUUGAAUGUGUUACAAUAGCUAAAGAAAGGUUAAAUAUUAUGCUCCACUGUUAACCAAAUGCAACCUCGUCUUCAAACUUUUACAAUAGCUCUAGUUCGCGUUAGUUACAAACUGACUUUUUUUUUUUUUUGCACUACAUAAGUAGAAAUCAUCCUCAGCCCUGUGACUGUUAUGCUGUUAAUGUCAAAUUCCACAGUCCAAUAGUUUAAAUUAAAUUUAAAGUUUGUUUUUUAUUAUGCUGUGUGGUUCCGCUGAUAGUGUGUCUACAUUAACCAAAUGAUGCCUAACCUGAAGUUAUAUACAUUUUAACAGAUGCUUACUGAUCAAAUAUUUAUCAAACUAAAUAUGCGAGUGUACUGUAAAGUUGUGGGGACAGAUAUAUACUGUAUUGUAUGUGUAUGUAUAUAUAUAUAUAUAUGUAAGUGUGUGUGUGUCUGUGUAUGUGUGUGUGUUUGAUGAAUUCUGUUAUGAACUUGAAAAACUGUUCACUUUUGAGAUCUGCUGGUCAUUGUGCACUUUCCCUACUGAAUAAAGCUAACUGGCAAUGUUUAGACAAUC